AUGACCUGUCUCUUACAGGACGAAUUCUUCAUCCGUCACCGGUUCAGCACAUUCGAGGCUUUGCUAAUGAUCAUCUACAACCCUUCGCACAAUGAGGCCGUGGACCAAGGCUGGGCCUUGCUAGGGAUGGCAUUGAACAUCGGCAUCGCAUUGCGGUGCAACAUGGACAGCCCCAGCCUGAACCCCAUCGAGACUGAAAGACGACGGCGCUGCUGGGCUGGCCUCUUGACACUCCACACGUACCAGGGCAUACUUUUCCGAGACGUCGACAUGUCCUACCUAUUGAACAUCAAGGCCGUCCCACCAGCAGACGUCGACGAUUCAGAUAUCACCGAGCAAGGAAUCACACAGCGAUCGCAUCGAAUCGAGCCCACGCACAUGUCAAUGAUGCUAGCGAAGCUCCGGCUCUUCCACCUCUGCACGCGAAUCUGCCGCCAUAUCUCCAGCCCCUCGCGUCUAGACCAGAGCGCACUGCAAGAAUUCGACGCCGCGAUUGCCGCGGAGCAGAAACAAUGGGACGCAACCUACAUGCCUGACGGCUCGCCGAACAUCCUGGGCUCCAACAGCUACGCGUUCUGGUGCACCCUGCAGACAUACGCGCAUCACCUCUACCUCCUCCUCCACCGACCCUUCGCCCACCUAAAAGCACCGUGCUUCCGCGCCGCAUCCAGAGAGCGCUGCGCCAGUUCCAGCGUAGCCUUGAUAUCCAUCCAUAGGCUGCUCUACGAAGCUCCGCUCCUGCGAAAUUAUACAUGGCUGCUCAGCGGGGUGACCAGUCUGAAGGCGCUCCAUGCCGCCGUGGCGCUUAGCUCCCGCGUGUCUGCAGGAUACGCCGCCUGCGUUGGAAGUGGAUGCAGAACGAAGCCAGGGCCUAGGCCCGGGAUAUGA